GUCCACCGUCGGACGGAAUCGGUGUGUACUCCCCUCGUGGACGCAGCAAGUAGCAUUUGGGCUGUGUUUUGAUUUUUCAAGUUUCGUGACAACAAGAAGCACUACAAAGAGCCAACCAUGGGAGUGUGGGAAAGUGUGAAAGAUUUUAGAAAAUAUUCCAAUCAAUAUCUGGCGGCAUUUACCGGUACGCUGCUGAUGCUAUCGGUGGCCGCAUCAUACGGUUGGACCUCACCGACGCUCCCGCUUUUGCUUUCCGACGACUCACCGCUCCCAAUAACGCCCGACGAAAGCUCCUGGAUUGUGUCGAUCCUCGUGCUCACCUCGAUCGCGGGCCCCGUCGCGUCCGCCUGGCUGAUCGAUGGGUUCGGUCGUAAGGUUACGCUGCUGAUUGCCGUACUGCCCAGCAUCGUCGGCUGGAUACUGAUCGGUGUCGGUGAAUCGGUAACGGUCCUCUACAUUUCCCGCGCCCUCAGCGGUAUCUCGUACGGUAUGGCGUACUCCUCGAUGCCCCUGUACCUCGGGGAGAUUGCGUCCGAUCGGAUCCGCGGCUCGAUCGGUACGCUGCUCACGGUGAUGGCCAAAUCGGGCAUCCUGCUCGAGUACGUGAUCGGACCGUACGUUGAUUAUCGCACUCUCGCGUGGAUAUCCGUUGCCUUCCCUACGACGUUCUUUGCUCUGUUCCUUUGGCUGCCCGAAUCACCGUACUAUCUGCUUGCAAAGCAACGCAACGAACAGGCAGAAAAGAACCUUCGCUGGCUUCGCCGGGCGAGUGAUGUGCAGGACGAGCUGCGGAUGAUGCAAGCUGCCGUAGAACGAUCACAGCAAAACCGGGGCACCUUCCGUGAUCUGCUUACCCGUGGUAAUCGACGCAGUUUGAUCAUCAUACUUGGGCUCGGAGCGCUUCAGCAGCUUUGUGGCAGUCAGGCGGUCAUUGCGUACUCGCAGCAAAUCUUCGACCAAGUGAACAGUGGACUGAAAGCACACGAAUCUUCCAUCAUUAUGGCUGUGAUACAGCUGGUAACGGCAGCCCUAUCGUCUUCGAUCGUCGAUCGCGUUGGCCGUCGUCCGUUGCUGCUCAUUUCCACCGUCGGAUGUGCCGUUGGGACGUUCAUCGUGGGGCUGUACUUCUUCCUGCUGCAGCAGGAAGUUGACGUGGAGGGAAUUGGAUGGAUUCCGCUCGCCGUGAUCAUGAUCUACAUCGUGUUCUACACGGUCGGCCUUGCGACGGUACCAUUCGCCAUUCUUGGGGAAAUAUUCCCAACCAACGUGAAAGCGGUGGCAGCGGCCAUCUACACGAUGUUUGCCGGGUCCGUUGGGUUCGGCGUGUCCAAGCUGUAUCAGCUCAUCUCGGAUGAGGCGGGAACGUACGUUUCGUUCUGGAUUUUUGCCGCCUGCUCGGCGGCGUUCGUAGUGUUUGUGUUUGCGCUCGUGCCGGAAACGAAGGGCAAACCGCUCGAUCAGAUCCUGAUCGAAAUGCACACAUCAACCACCCGGAGUCUCAACUGUUGUAGUGGAUCGCAGAAGAAGAAGAACAAGCCGGACUUACAGCACGGCGCUUAGUGAUAAACAUGUCCUAUUAGUUGUGUUAAAGAAAAGCUAUUACAUAUAAACGAUUUCUACGCUAACCCAUAACCGAACGAG